AUGUCGUCCGAUCGCAUGAACUGGGAUCAUGCCGCCGAUCGAGACCUCAUCGGCGCGAUCGCCGACGAAGUCGCCCCAACACAGGAGCAGUUGCGUGCUGUGACAACACGUCUGGGCGCCAUGGGCUACACUUGCACCGUCAAGGCUGUCACGCAGCAUCUCCAGAAGCUCCGUCGAAAGGAAGUCUCCGGCGAAGGCUCCAGCGCCCCUGCCACCCCGAAGACUCCGGUGACCAAGAAGCGAAACCCGGCUGCCAAGAAGACCCCUGCUUCCGGCAAGGGCAAGGGAAAGCGCAAGAUGGCGACCGAUACCGUCCGUCCCGAGGACCAUGGCGAGGACGACGAUGAGGAGAGCCCCAUCAAGAAGAUGAAGGACGAGGAUGGCACCCCCGUCAAGCGCGAGUCCAACGUCAAGAAAGAGGACCCCGAGAACAAGGAGGCCAAGCCCUUCGCGUUCGAGGAGGUUAUCUAG